GUCGUGUGUUGAUACGUGAUCAUGGAAGGAUCCGCUCAGUUCUGUCUCCUGGUUGUGCUGCUGUUUGUGGCGCCCGAUUCUGCCGAAGCCCAGAAAAUACCGUCGUACUUCAAGCUUGGUGGUACGAUGACUCUGAGGCCUCCGUUCACCGACAAGAUCUCCAGCAUUGUUUAUAAGUUCGGUGGUAACCUGGUGGCUGAAUAUGCGGACAACGGGGUUCCUUUGACUUAUUACAGCAGCUUUAAAGGACGCACACACCUGAACACUACAACUGGAGAGUUGAAGAUCAGCAACCUGACUAAAGAUGACACUGGAGAGUUUGUAGUAGAGAUCAACAACAUCUUCCAGGGUCAAACGUUUGAAGCUGUCGAGAUCAAGGAUGUACCUGAACCUUCUGUGAAGGUGCAACCUUUAGUCUGUGACUCAUCUUCAUCGAGCUGUGGCCUGUUGUGUGAUGGAGUCAUUGAAGAGUCUCGACCGGUCACUUUCUCCUGGAGGAAAGAUGACGGAGAAUGGAAGGAGUCAAAACAAGUCAUGGACAUCACCAACGAUGAGGAAACUAAAAAAGUAAAGACGUUCUCCUGCAGAAUGAUGAACCCAGUCAGUGAGAAAGAGAGUGAAUCUGAACAGAAUCCGUUCUGGAGAGAGACUCUGGACUCAGGGCUGAACUUAUAGGAGUUGUGGUGAGAUCCUUUGUUGUCCUGUUAGUCUCUGGGCUGCUUGUCUUCCUGCUGUGGAGAAAACGAAAACUUAUCUGUUCCUGUAAAUGUGGAAAAGGAGAUGAUGAAGAAGAUGAUGAAGGACUUUAGUCAUGUAUGAGCUCCUUAAACUGGUCCUGAGUAUUUUCUUUCUACCAAUAAUAAUCCAUCAGAUAAAGUUCUUGGUCUGUCAGGUUGGUGGAAGCUGGACUCUGUUCUCUGUUGCUUCUACGAGUUCAUCCUCGUCAUGUAUUCAUUGACCUUCUGCUUUUGACUUUGGCUCCUAAUUAA